CUCCCCGGCCCCCUGAAUGGCGCCCACAUGCACUAUCAACCCUCCCAAAUAAUUACUGUCACGGUGGUGGGUGGGAACCCAAACACAAGGCCAGAUCAUUCCACCUCCAUCACCCCGUCAGACAAUAUCAUCCGCCCAGCAACCUGUCCAGACUCCAGUCCAGUAGUCGGCUUUGGGUUGUCGCGGCGAUUUAACUUCAUAGUCCUUCGUUUAGUCUUUAAUCCUUUUUAGUGUUCUGUCUAUGACCUCUCUUCUAUCCCUGCUAGAGCUGCUUCAAGAAACGCCCGUUCGAUUCGCGCCUAGCUAACCCGAAGCUCUGAAACGAAAAACAACGGCGCAUAACGCCAACAUAGAACCGACAUAACAGUACAGAAUCAGACAUACAUAACGCUUCAGGCAUGGCGAACGGCCUCCUCACCUACGUUGCCAUCCCCUUGUUUACUAUCGGCCCGCUUCUCGUCCUGUUUAUCCCCUUCAUAUGGCGACUGGUCGGCUCCUCGCUGGGAUGGUACUUGCGUAGGAAGACAGACGGCCGACGGUGCCACAUUCUCGAGGUGGUAGAGGCGGACGAAAGGAAAUAUCGGGACUCCAAGGGCGCAAAGGGGCGCAAGGAGGAGAAAGACGAAACCGAAGCUACCGGCACAUCCGAACAAGGGAGCAAAAGCGGCAAGGUCUACGAUAAGGAUUGGGAUGGCAUCGUGGGCUUCUUUCAUCCCUUUUGCAAUGCCGGCGGAGGCGGAGAGAGGGUCCUUUGGGCUGCUAUUCGGGCCACGCAGAAACGCUGGCCCAAAGCCAAGUGUGUCGUCUAUACGGGUGAUCACGAUGUUAGCAAGGAGGCUAUUCUCUCCAGAGUAGAGGUAAGAAAGCGCCCGACUGUACCGUCUUCAAUGGUAUUCUCAAGUGUCUUACAACCCCUUCACCCUCAACAGCAUCGCUUCAACAUCCACCUCCACCCGCCCACCGUCAACUUCCUCUACCUGUCCACCCGCCGAUGGGUUCUCGCCUCCACAUGGCCCUACUUCACCCUCGCCGGCCAGUCCUUCGGUUCCCUCAUCAUGGCCUGGGAUGCCUUCUCCCUGCUCGUGCCCGACAUCUUCGUCGACACCAUGGGCUACGCCUUCGCCCUCGGCUUCUCCCGCUUCCUCUUCCGCGACGUGCCCACGGCCGCCUACGUACACUACCCGACCAUCUCGACCGACAUGCUCGAGUCGCUCGACCCGGCCUCCGCCGUCGGCAGCCAGGGCGUCAACGCCGGCAGGGGCAUCGGCGCCAAGGGCCGCGCCAAGAAGAUCUACUGGCAGCUGUUCGCACGGCUGUACUCGCUCAUGGGCGCAUCCGUGGACGUGGUCAUGACCAACUCGACCUGGACGCAGGCCCACAUCGAGAAGCUCUGGGGUCCCGUGCGCAACCUGACGGGCGCGGUGCCCGGUAUUACGUCCAAGGUCAACCCCAUCGCGGUGGUGUAUCCGCCCGUGGCGGUCGAGGAGCUGGAGCAGGAGGUCGAGGUUUCCCCGGAAAGCGAGAAGCGGAGGGAGAAUGUGCUGCUCUACAUUGCGCAGUUCCGGCCGGAGAAGAACCACCAGCUUAUUGUGCAGGCGUUUGCCGAGUUCUUGAAGAGCGGAUCGGAAGCGGCGAGGGACGCCAAGUUGGUCCUGGUCGGCAGUGUAAGGGAUGAUUACGACUCGAAGAGGGUUUACAAGCUGCGGCUGCUGGUCAACGAGCUGCAUAUCAAGGAUCGAGUCGAGUUCCACCUGGAUGCGUCUUGGCCGGAUAUCUUGGAGUGGUUGAGGCGCGCAAGCGUGGGCGUUAAUGGCAUGUGGAACGAGCACUUUGGCAUUGGCGUGGUGGAAUAUCAGGCUGCUGGGCUGAUCUCGGUGGUGCAUGAUAGUGGUGGACCCAAGUUGGAUAUUGUUGUUGAGGUUGAUGGAGAGCCUACUGGAUUCCACGCUAUGACCUCUGAGGAAUUCGCAGAUGGCUUCGAGAAGGCUUUGUCCCUGCCUAACCCGUACGCUGUCAGGUUGAGGGCUCGCAAGUCGGCGAAGCGCUUCACUGAGGAGGAGUUCGCGAGGAGGUGGAUCGAGCAAUUGGAGAAGUGCGUGGCUAUGAAGGCGGUUGAAAAGCCCAAGAGCAGACAGUGAUCGCGCCGCCGACAUCUUUGCUCGCUCUGGUACCGCGCAUUAUUAUUAUACUCGUAUUAUUACUAUGUUAGGGAGAGUGGCUGGGCUAUCGGCCGGGCUUUCGCUUGCUGGACCGGACAGCAGAAACAGUAGAUAUCAUUAUGGAUACCCAUUUCUCAAUAUACAAACAAUUCAUCAGCUGCUUUGAUAAUCUCGAGUUGUUGAAGUGUCAUGCCCUGGGAGGUGGGAAGAUAUCUAUGGGCACUGUCG